UUCCCCAAUUUGAAUGAACUAGCUAGCUAGCAUUGAAAGUUACCUAUAUGUCAUUUGAGAUGAAGCAAUCAUAGAUUAAGACCCAAGGCCUAACAUGAGUAGUUAAGUUGUUUACACCCGUUAGGAGGACCUAAUUAACCGAUUUGCAAGCAAAAACAAUUACAAGCAGCCGGCCAACUUGGAAAAAAUAUCCAUCGACUUAAUUGGGAUAUUAUUAUGAAGAGCCAUGUAAAAAGAAGACAAAUUCAUCCAGAAAAAUAUAUGAUGGGUUUGAUAUGAAUGCAAUUAAAUAGAGGAGAAGAAUAUAUAUAUAUACGUUGAGUUGCUGUGUAAACAAAAACAAAACAAAACAAAACCCAGCCUCCAAGUCCGUUUGUGCUUGCUUCCGAAUCAAUCUUUUGUCCGCACAAAGACUUUUGACGGUGCUUGGCUUUCCCACCCAUAAUAACUAUAUAUAGUGUAUGUGCAUCACUAUCAGAAUCGGUAUUAUUAUUUGAUUCUUGCUCUCAAUUAAGUUCCACCUGCGUAUUGGAUUGGAGCAACAAAGAUUAAAGAAAUUAAAAUGUUAUGGGUACUUCUCAGAUUUGUUUCAUUAGUCGGUCAUUCGAUAUACAAUAAAAUAUAUGUAAGAGGAGGUACUCUAAUAAUUAAGUCAAUUAACAAUUUUUCUAGAAAGAUAAAAGGUAGUGAAUUCAUUUUUUAUGUUCUGUAUAGAAAUUAUAUAUCUCCCAACACUUGUAGAUGGUCUCGUAAUAUUUAAGGAGCGAUUAAUCUUGUAAUUCGACACAUUGAAUUAGGCCAAAAGGAUUGAUGGAAUAGUUCUUGUGAGGAUGUGACCUGCCAGCUUGACUCAACAAACAUGAGCAAUAUAAUUGGAUUAAGAGAUGAGUAAUGAAUAUCGACACGAAUCAAAUUAGAUGACAAUCCAAUAAUACGAACAUAAAUAUUUGAAUUGAAAGUGUGUGUAGGAAACUAAAUAGAUUAUCCAUAUUAAUUAGAUCCGAAAUCAUAUUCUUGGUCGGCCCAUAUUUAUAUAUAAACUAACGGAUAAAUACUCGUCAUUUGGUGUCUAUACUUUCAUUCUUGUACACACAAAAUAGGGAGCAUGGCCUAAUUAUAUAUAUAUAUAUAUAUACCAUUUCUAUGCUUGACUACAAGAGUAGUACUAGCUAACUACUUCAGGAUUCACAUGAACCACCAAAUAAUAAUUCUUUAGCAUAAAACCAUUGACUUCCUACAUUUCAACAUUUGAAACCAAUGAAUUUGAAAACCGAUAAACUACUACGUACUAUAUAUACAUCUCUCUCUAUAUAGAUUGACAAUUUGCCACAUAUUUUCCCGUCAAAUGGUGACGUGAUCACGUAGCCAAAAAAAUAUAUUCGAGAUCAUAGAUUAUAGUUUAAUACCAAGUCUCAACCAAGGAGUGGAAAAUAUGGAACUAUAUAUUAUUAUGAUAGCCUGAUAGAUAGGACCAAACUUGCUUAGCUAAUGGUGGUGCUACUAUAUACGACGAUGUCAUUUUGUCGUCGCAAAAGAGAUUUUUAAGUUUUCCUAAUUUGUUGAUUAGAAAUGCAUAGAGAGCAGGCAGUUAGUCUACUUGCCUCAAUGUGGACACGGGAACGGCUGCAGCAGUGACACACACAUAUAUAUAUAUAUAUAUAUAUAUAUAUAUAUAUAUGAGGGAUUUGGUGAAGGCAGUAAUCAAUUAUUGUUUUUUAUGUAUUGAUUCUUUGACCCACAUAUGAAGCUCUCAAUCACAACUUUGAACCAAAUAAAAAGACCUUAAUGAUCACCAUAUAUAUGUUUGGUUUGGUAAUGGUUGGUCUACCAAAUAUAUACACUAUACAGCUCAAAUAGCUAGGCUACUUCCCCCACUUAGAUAUUUGCCCCUCGUGUUUAUGUCAUCUCAUGUUCCUAUAUCAUAAUCCAAUAGCUAAUUAACCCUCUAGUAACUUGUUAGGGCUCCCCUACAGCUUCACCAAAGAACUCUCCGCAACAUUGUUCCUUUGUUCUAGGGUAAUGACUAUUUAUUAGUCAAAUCUUUUUCGGAUUCUUUUUAUUAGUCAAACCUAUCGAAAUAUUAAGAAUUAGUCAAAUGUUAACUUUCUUUUAAUAAUAUUGACUUGACAACAUAAUACCGACUUGGAAGAGACACAUGAAGGUGAACAUUCCAAAAAAUUUGUAUGUUAAGUUUUUAACUAAGAAAAGAGUUACUAAAUUAUUAACGAUAACAUAAAAAUGGCUAAUAUUUUGUUGUAUUUCAAAAGAUUUGGCUAAUUAAUAGCAUUUUAAUAAGUUUGACUAAUAAAAAAGAAUCUAAAAAGGUUUAGCUAAUAAAUAGUCAUUACCCUUGUUUCUAUCACAAAAACAAAACCAACCACCAGAGGAAAAGUGAGAGCAUCUGGUUGAUGGAAUCCAAUCUAAAAUCAUGAUCGAUGUUAGUAAAUGAUUUAAGAUCCAUUCGUGAAUCCUUCCAAGAAUUUGAGUUAUUAAAGUGAUCAAUGGAUUCUUAACAUGAUAUUAGAGUCAGAGAUGACAUAGAGGUUGUGUGUUUGAAUCUCGGCAAUUCCUUUUGUUAAGCACAUUGUAUUUGGACCUAUGUAAACUUAAAGCUCAUAUGAGUUGGAUUUCGUUUAAGGGGGUGUGUCCGUAUAUGGUAUAAGAUCCAUAAUUAAAUAAAGGGAUAAUACCACUACAACACCCGAACUAUCGAAAAAAUGACACUUGUGUCCUAUUGUAUCAAAUAUUUCAUUCAUGUCAUGAACUAUUAUAUUUUGUGUCAUUUGUAUCCUGCCAAUUUCGUUGACAAUUAAAGAUAACAGUUGAACAAAUGGCGGUCAACUUAACAUUGACUUUUGCUAACAUGGCAAUGCCAAGUCAUUGACACCUCACAUUUUUAAUUUAAAUUAAAUAAAACUUUGAAAAUAAAUAAUUGAAAAAACUUUAAAUUCAAGAAUAUUACUAAAUAAUAUUCUAAAACCCCAAACGUCGAUUGUCUCUCUCCUCUUUGCUUAGUGCUUUCCCGUCAACUCCUACCGCCCUUCGUCGCUGCUCUUUCCAACGUCUCAAACUUCCAUCGUCGUUCGUGACCCAGCUUUAUGGCCAAUCAUCAAUUUCUCCUAUACGGCCACCCAUAGACGGCUCUCUUGCACCAUUGCAUUUUCUUCAAGCCACUCAAAGAAGAUUGAUGUGGCGGAUCUUUGAAGGAGCACUUGGGGAUGUCAGAUCCAGCGCAGCGACGUCGUGUUUCUCCGACCUAGUUUCUCAUCGCGAUGGAAACUAGGUCAAUUCAAAUUGAGUUCCUAACUGGCCACCGGCGUCUUUCGCCCAAAUCCAACUCGAAAUCCCAACUGCCACUGCCAUCUUUCACCCAAUCGCCUAAGUUCGACCCCAUUGCCUUCUUCGUCGCACCGUCGCUGCCUUCUUCCUCCGCAACGUCGGCGACACCAUCACAUUUCCUCUAUCUCCAAUUGAAAUCCCACCCCAUCGACUGAACCCUUUGCCGACCUCACAUCGAUUGGCACAAAUAGACUGAAAACCAUUCCUCGUUGCACCAUUGCUGCCCUCUUCUUCAUUCGCAACGCCGGCGAUACAUCACCUUUCCUCUACCUCCAAUCGAAAUCCCACCACAUUGACAAAAACCCAUUUCCGUCCUCACGUCGACGGGCACAAACAGAAAACCUUCUUCGUUGCCUUCCUGGAGAAUGUCAGGCUGAGAUUUGAACUCCAACCCACAUAUUUGAAAUCUGGUGAAGAGAUCUCAAAGCGAACUUUUCCUUCUCCGAAUCCGGCCGAGACUGCAACAAAACGAUGGCGUUCAGAUGGUGGAGGACGCCGAAUCUGAGCAGCGAAUUGAGGUCGUGGAGAAGGAUGGAGAGAGUUCAGGAAGCGAAGUCUUGGUCGCUGAAAGAGUAGCUUGCCGCCGGGGAGGGGAUUUGAAGUCGACAAAAUCUUCAAAUAAGAACUCCUUCCGCCAACUGUGAUGGCGCCUGGCCACGACAAAUCGAAGGGAUUGCGGUGGCCGCAGAGUGGGAGGAUUGUGGUGGUGGCGGAUUGGGACUGGUAAGAGGAAGCGGGGGAGCAAACUCGAGAGGGGAAUUGGGUAGAUGAGAUUAGGAAUUUGUAAUUUUUUAAUUUUUUGCUUUUUUUAAUUGCUAUUUAAUUAUUUAAAAAUAACACGUCAGAUGCCAUGUCAACGCUGACUGGAUUUUCUGUUAAAUACUAACAGUCAACGCCGAUCAACAUUAACGGACUAAUAAUUCAGGACAUAAAUGGAAUAUUGAAAAGAAUAGGACACAAGUGGCAUUUUUGUCAUAAUUCGGGUGUUAUAGUGCUAUUAGCCCUUAAAUAAACAUCUUUUAACAAUUCGAGUCAUGUGUCAUGACACUAUACUAGAAGUAAGCUUCGGUUACCCCACUGAAUUUAGUGUCUUUCAUUCUAUAUUUCUUAUCAUAUAUAAUUAAGUUGAAUUCCCACGGUAUGAUCUCUAGUUGAUUAUUUUAGGUAAACUUACUAUAUAUCAAGAACCAGUUAGUUUAUGUCAAUAACUCGAGACUCGAGUUGUUAGGCGAAGUUCAAUUAUUGAUUAUAUAUCAUUUACUAACACACACUCUGAAACAAAAACCAACUCAUAUAGGGCUUGAAGUUUGCACAUAUCCAGACAUGUAUUGUGCUGAACAUAAUAGAUGAGAGUCAUUGUGUUCAAGCAGAAGACCUCUCGAUCUCAAAAGGCUUUGAUACCCUGUCAAGAACCAGUUGAUCCAAAUAACUAAAAUUAUUGAAAGAAGUUCAAUUAUUAAUCAUAUACCAUUUACUACCACCCUAAAUCCACAUGUAAAAUGGGUUCGUACUACUUACUAUGGAUGAAUAGUCGCCAAUUGAGGUCCUUGUGUGGUUCUUGCAUCGCAUUCAUAUGGUUCACAAGAGUUUCAAAGGACGUGACAGAUUGAAACCAGUUAUAUAUUGAUUCCAUCAAUUUCAAGCAUAUCUACAAAGUGACAAAUCAUAUAUAUUUCCAUACCAAGAUAAUAAGUGAUAGACUGAAUAUCAUAUAUUUAAUAUUGAUGUCGUCAAAUUCGAACACAAAGCAUGUUGAUCACCAAAAAAUGUAAUUCAACAUAAAAACAAAUUAAUCAC